AUGAGCUCUGCGAAUGGACAUGCAGACAAUGCAAAUGGAGGCAUUGAUGCUUCCGAGCAUUCCGAGGGAGUCGGACUCGGGUCUCACCCUGACGCGCCCAUCGAAGGGCCUCGGCUCCACGAGCUGCAAGAGGGCAACCCGACCCCCUUACCAAGGUUUCUUGAGGAAGACAGCCUGAGCAAGCACUGGAAAUGGAUCCCCUAUCCCGUCAGAAAAUUCGGCAGAACUGCAGCAAGAUGGGCAAAGGGGCCUCCCAACCCGGUCACCUACCAUAUCGACCCUAUCUUCCCGGCCGUCCAGCAACUUCCUAUCGUUCUUCUUGACAAGUACUUGCCUAGGAGAAAGCACAGGUCCUUGCUUUUUGUCGCGUAUCUGCUCCUGUGGCUCCUGACAUUCUCCAUCGUCAAGCGGCAGGAGAGCCGCAUCACCGAGCUCAAGCCCUGGGGUAGGCCACAGGAGAUCGGCUGCGGGGCUUACUUCUGGGGCAGGGGCAACAGCUGCGACUUGAAUGGAAAUAAGUGUCGGCCGUUUAAGGGCAGCGAGUUCCCAUUUAGGUGCCCGGCUAACUGCGCGAGCUACCAGCUGAGUGAGCCGCGUGCGGUGGGUGACCAAGAAGUCAACUACCGACAGCUCGUCAUCGGUGGACCUGUCAACGAGACUGACGAACACGGCGCUUACCGGGGUGAUUCCAUUAUUUGUGGCUCUGCAAUCCAUGCUGGUGCAAUCACCAAUGCUGAAGGGGGCUGCGGCGUUAUCAAGCUUGUCGGCAAAAGGAGCGACUACAACAGCACCCUUCGACAUGGCAUCGAGAGCAUCGGCUUCGACUCCUAUUUCCCUCAAUCCUUCCUCUUCGAGAAGUCCGUUCAGUGCAGAGCUCGAGAUAUGAGGUGGCCUUUACUCGUGGUAGACGUCAUCUUCACGACCGUUUUAUCCUUGUUCACCACCUCGCCCGCGCUCUUCUUCUUCACCGAGUUCUCCGGUAUUUUCUGGCACGUCGGCCUAGUUUCGGACCCUCCUACCCACAGCUCGUUCCGUGAACUGUUCACCAUCAUCGUCGGGAAAUACGUGCCUGUCAUGUUUGUGACCUGGGUCAUCUUUGACAAAAUGGCAGUGCGACGUACCCUCACAGGACUGACAGCACAGAUCGAGAAGACUGUCCUGUGGCUCGGUGCAUGCUGGGUUGGAGCGCUGGAUAAUUAUACCCUAAGCCCCAACAUUCCUAUCAACAGGCUGAACGCACAUGAUAUCUCCCAGCAACCUGGCGGUGUGCUCGCUCUGCUUAUUAUCGUCGGUAUCAUUGCCUUGAUCGUGGUGAAGCAAGUCUGGUUCUUCCGCCAAGAAGGACGGCUCAUUUCCUACGGAGCCCUCUAUCUCGGUCUUGUCGGGGGAGUCCUGUUUUGCGUCUUCCUGAAGAUCUGGGACCUCAAUCUCCGACUCCAUCACUACUUCCUCGCGCUCCUGCUGCUCACUGGCACAAGCAUGCAGACCCGCCCUGCUCUUCUUUACCAAGGUCUCCUGGUAGGGCUUUUCAUCAACGGGAUCGCCCGCUGGGGCUGGGAUCCCAUCCUGCAGACGUCGUAUGCUCUACGAGGCGACGGGCAACUCGGCUCCGUGCUGCCUACACUUGCAAGCGUGCCAGACAUCCAGGUCGGGAAUUCUGUGUCAAACAUCACUUUCCAGUGGGAAUCGCCACCCAAGAGGAACAUCAGGCUCGACGGCAUCAGCCUCCUCGUCAACGACGUGGAGCGGUUCAGGGGCUUCUUCGACGAUGACGAGGACUUUGAAGACAAGGCUUUCACGUGGAAUAGGAAAGUCGACACCGAGGUGAAGGAGUAUUUCCGUUUCGCGUAUGUGUCUGGGACGAGGAGUCUUGACUACACCAAGGCUGGAGUGUGGGACAAGGACCUCGAAUGGGAAGCUAUGAAGCCUGGAGCAUCUAGCAUUGGCAAGCGCAGCAUUGACGGCGAUGUCAAAGUAGAGCUCUGA